AUGGCAUUACGCAGGUGAGCACAUCUCACUGGAUCGCAUCGUCCUCUUCCAGCACGCGGGUUGUUGAUCGUGCUCGCAUGUCCAUGCUCGCAACCCAUUGCGCUCAGCAUACACCCAUUGAGAUCGCACAUUACAGCGCAAUGCAGCAGCGGCAUUUCCGCCCAGCAACUCUUGGCACGAAGGGCAUCGUUGCCCUUCGCUCGAAAGUUCAACUCUUCCACACUUCUGGCCCAACCUCGUCCACGGCGCUUCAACUCAGGACUGGAAAGGCAUGAUGAGGCCGAACCGUUGCGGUCCGAGGACUUGCUGAACCCGAGUGGUCGCAUUUACUCUCCUCGACGAGGACGAGACGAUGAGGACUCGGAUGUGCUUCAACAGGCCGUUCGUGCGGGCUUGGAUCGGGAUUCAAUCGCUGAACUGCAAGACAGAUUAGAUAGAGCCAAAAAGCCGUCCAUCGUGUGGGCUACCCUCAUUACAAUGGCCUUAGGAUAUUCAUGCUACUCUACGGCUGCCUGGUACAGCGUGAAAGAUACCGAGGGGCUAAAGGAGCAAGAUCGAGGACGGGGCAGGUUCUGGCCUAAUCUUGCCAGUCUUUGGCCGGUGGGCGAGACGCAAGCUUUGACUGCCGAGGAGAGUAGACUGAGGGUCGUAAGACAGGAGGAAAUCGUGAACAAGGCUCAAAGCUCAGCGCGGUCCUUGUCGAAGUUGUGCGAUCAGCUCUUGUUCCCUCAAAGUCUCAAGCAGUCCUUGUCACAGGCAUGGCUCAGCAUCGUGGCCCAGUGAGUUCAGUGUGGAUCGCUUGUAGGCGCCUUUUCUGUGCAGUGCUGACGCAAAUCGCAAUGUUGUCGUCGCACAGCUAUCUAAAUUUGUCUCCUGGACAACAAGCUAUGGUUCCUGUGAUAGCCGUCAACACCGCCAUCUUUGCUGCUUCUGCUGCCUACUCGCUGCGCCCUCUAAGCCGUCUCGGCCGCCUGUGGAGCCGAACUUUCAUUCAUAGCCCCUCUUCAGGUCAACAUCACACGAUACUCACGAGCUCCUUCGCACACAGCGCCCGUGGGUACAUCGGCGCACAAAGCUCAAUGCGGAGCGCAAGGACUGACUACUGUUCCAAUUUACCCACAUCAGCCAUGCAUUUCCUCUUCAAUAACCUUGCGCUCUGGUCUUUCUCAGCGACGAUUUUCUCGUCCAAGCCAUUCCUGACCUCCGACGAAGGGAUUCUGAAGCACACCUCCGAAGCGUCCUUGGCGCCACACUUGCUGGCCUUUUGCGCUUUAGCAGGGAUCAGCUCAGGCCUCUUGUCCCACCUCGUCAACGCUGCAAGAUGGCGCUUUCUCGCUGCGAGAGCUGGCGAGGCCGUAGCUAGAUCCAAAUAUGGUCUGACAGCUAGUCUAGGAAGCUCUGGAUUUGCCUACAGUCUGCUAGUCAUGAACGCUCUGGCCUUUCCGGAUGCUCAAGUGGGGUGAGUUGGAGAGCCAGGAACGACGGCGUUCAGCGCUGCUCAAUGCUGACUCUGCUUCACUCUGUCCCUCACCACCAGACUCAUCUUCCUUCCGAUGAUAUCCUUCCCGAUCGCGCAAGGUGUCCUUGGCUUGGUCGCGCUGGACGUCGUCGGUGUAUUGCGCGGCUGGAGGAUGUUUGAUCACUGGGGUGAGGUGCACGCUAGUCCCCUGUAUUCUCUGGCUUGCUGACCUCUCAAACGCAUCCCUCUCAGCUCAUCUUGGAGGUGCAGCAUUUGGCUACCUGUACUUCAAGCACGGCAACGACCUUUGGGAGAGGAAGAAGGCUGACUGGAGAAAGAAUUGGUCAUUCACUAUGGAGUAUCACAGCGACCUGGAUGCGGAACGGGAACGCAAAGUGUGA